GGUGAAGGCUGGAGCACAGCUGACCGUGGAGGCUGCACAAGGAAGCGUGGUGCAGAUCAUAGGCCCCCACGACUCAGGGAAAGGUGCCAUCCUCCGACGGAUUUGCGAUUUGGACUCCACCAUGCCUGGCGUUGUCAAGGCAUCGCCUCACUUGACCAUCUUGCAGGUGCCCCACGAGCCGCUGUUCCUCGAAGGCGGUGGAGUAUUCGCGAAUCUCCAUAUGGCAGCCAUCGGGCAGAAAGGCUUCGACCCCGCUGCCACGGCACGCGGGCGUCGCAUCUUACAACGCCUUGGCCUUGGCAAGUCCUGGAUCAUGGAGCAAUAUGACUCGGAAGAAAUGACGAGCUUGCUGCCUGCCGAUGAGGAAAAGCUGGUGCCAACCAGCCCCUUCAGCUGUCAUGAAGAGGAGGAGGAAGAAGAGGAUGAAGAAGAAGGCAACCCCACGUGGGCACAAAAUUUGAGCGGUUCAGAGAAGUGGCGCUUUCAGCUGGCCCGUGCCUUCCUACACGAUCCUCAUGUCUUGGUGGUCCAUCGACCGGUCGAUGAGCUGGACAGCAACCUGAAAGAACUCUUCCUGUCGCUCUUCAGAGAGUUCGUCGACAAGAAAGGUUUGGAGAUGGACGAGGCCGGUCCCGAUUUGGAGAUGUCGAAGCGACGGCCGCGCACCUUGAUCUUCAGCACGGGAAGUUCCACCUCUACGAACAUCCCGGACAUCAUUUGGCGCAUCGGUGAGAACGGUGUCACGGUGGAGCGCAAUCGUCCCGUCGCCUCCGGGGCCGGCAGCGGCUUUGGCAGCGGCGUGCAGGGCAGCCUGCCGUCGGGGCCCGGGUCGAUGGGGGUGACGGCGCCGGGCGCCCUCAACAGCUUCGGGUUGUCAAUGAAUUCCACGAGCCCGCGAUGAAGU